GGCCAGUAUCCUCCGGGGUACCCUGGUCAGGGCUUGGUCCCCGGACCCACCUCCAUUCUCGGAGCUCUCUCGUCCAUCGCCCGCUACGACGACCUCCGCUGUGUCCCUAGGCUGCUGUGCGAGGUGGCCUCUGGGGCGAGGCCCGGCAGCUACGGUUAUCCGUCGUACACCCAGGAGAGUCCGGUGCCUUUCCUAUCCAAGGAUGCUUUAGUCACGCUGUUGACUGUGCUCAACUUCGUGGACGACUCCCCACUUCUAGUCUUCGGCAGAGCGGCACUCCUCGGGUACACCUCCAGGGGUGACUCCCGGGCUUGUCUCGUCGCCUACCCAACCUGUCCAAGGGACCCGGACCAUCUUGUCGACUACCUCAACAACCACAACGGAGGUUUCUUCAGGUUCUUCAACCAGCAGUUGCAGCAAUACGCACCCCAGUACCAACAGUACUAUCCUCAAGGACCUCCACCAUACCCGGGCCAAGGUGUUCCUCCUCCGUAUCCUCCACAAGGACCGUACCCUCCACAAGGACCGUACCCUCCACAAGGACCGUACCCUCCACAAGGACCCUACCCACCACAAGGACCCUACCCACCACAAAGACCCUAUCCUCCACAAAGGCCUUCCCCUCCCUACGCUCAAGGAUCAUUCCCUCCCCGACCAUAUCCUCCUCAAAGACCUUCAUCACAGUACCCCCAAAGACCUCUGAGGCCUUACCCAUCCUAUCCGUCCCCCGGGAUUCCCCAGCAGUACUCCUCUCAACACCAGAAGUACCAAAGCAGGAUACAGAACAAACCUGAGAACAUCCUUGAGUACAACUACUACACUUCUAACCCAGUAGACGAAGACGCUAAUCGACAAGCGUUCGCUGCAUUCCAGAACCAAGACAGUGGGAAAGACAAGUCUAAAUUAGUCUUCCCUGAUCAAGGAGCUCAAAGUACGCGAUUACAAAGUACCAGAAGUGGUAAAACUCUUCUGUUUCCUGUAGACGAUUCUAGAGACCAGUUGGUAUCUAAUAGAUUACCAGCUGAAAGACCGAUCACCAUGAUCUUCCCAGACCGCACUGGCACUGGGGAUCUUCGUCUUGACGUUGAUGAGUUCGGGAACUACAAGACAGUUUACUACGAAUCCUUACAGCACUUUGAUAACUCUAACAGAGGUUCCAGGCAAGUGGCGUUCCCCUCAAAGACGAUGCAAUUCCCAAAGAAAACUAUGCAAUUUCCAACGCAGUAAGUGCAGAUCUUUACUAUAACGAUUGGUUUCCCCAAGAAGAAGAUUAAAUUUCCCACAGGACACGCAGUUUCAAUUAAAGAGAAAGGGUGUUACCAUAAAAGAAGAGCUAAAAAUACUGUAAUAAAGUGCUCCACCAAAAUUGUUUGGCUUCUACGUAAAUGCAAUUUUCUAAACAUAAAAUGCAGUUGCACACCAGAUAUCAAUCACAGAAGAUGCAAAUUUCUCUGGAUUCAAUAAAUCCCCACAAAAAAUCCCACAAAUGUGGUUCAAAUUUCUA